AUGGACAGUGAUACCACCUCAUACCGACCUCUCCCAAGCGAAGCAGAAUACCUGGGGGUAAAAGCGCCCUCAGUACGCGCAAGACCGAUCCAUACCUACACACGAUCGUUUCCUAGCGAGCAAUCUUCGAAACAUGCAGCAAGUCGAAGACGUCGUGCAAAAGUCUCCGCGUUCAAGGAGCUCGACGUCGAUACGAUGCUGGAUGCCCAAACUAGUCACGCGCACAGGACCGCCAUAGAUUCCCUCACCAGUCGCCCAACACAACGGCUCCGCAAUCAGCCAGAUUCAUUUGAUUCACUGCAGAGCGAUGAUGCGUCACCCAUAUCCCCCAACGGGUCAGAGUCUUCGGAUCAAUUUGAAUUCGCUACAUCGAAAAACGAGUGGACGACUUCGUGGCGGGCAUUUUCCUCAUCGCGACUUAUGAUGCUGGCAUUAGUACUGCUGGUGGCAAUGCCCUUGCUGUAUGAUACACCACUUCUGGGAAUAGCAGGACCAAGCAUAAUAGGGGCAAACGCUGGUGCCAUCAGGAGAUUUGGGCCUCAGAAGAAAGAGUUUGUCGACGGGAAAUUGGUGACGCGGCAGGCUAUUACAGACACAAAUGUGUGCAAUCGCUGGAGCCAGCAGAGUGCACUCGUCAAUGGCACAAUCUAUCUUUACGGAGGGCACACCACGACUACAGCCGAUCAGAUGUCGGACACUUGGAACAACGACUUUUUGACGAUAGAUGUAACCAAGUCUUGGGAUAUCGCAUUACCCGUCAUCGCAGGGCGUCCUCAGCCGUCUGGUCCGCCUCCGGUAGCAAAUGGCUACCUCUGGAACUCGUAUGAUACCUUGUACCUCUACGGCGGUGAAUACUCGAGCGAUCCAAUUACAAAUCCCUCUCCUUACUCCUUGUGGCAAUACGAUAUAGCAAGCUCAACGUGGACGGAGACACAGAAUCCGCAAACUUCUGCUGGCAAUAAUAGCGACGGUGGUGAUCAGCCUGUUCUAGGAUCUGCUGAGGGUGCUGGUGUUAGUGUGCCUGAGCUAGGUAGGGGAUUCUACUUUGCUGGUCAUCAAGAUCCGUAUACGACACCUGGAUGGUCACAACAGAUUUAUCGCAUCUACCUGAAAUCUCUCUUGGAGUUCACAUUUCCUGGCCAUAGCAAUGAUGGUGUACAGACUCUUAGCGGUGGCAAUACUGCUGGUAGUGGAGGUGUAUGGCGUAACGUAACGCAGGGUGGAAUCCAAGAUACUGCAGUCUUUCCGAACAGAGCGGAUGGUGUCAUCUUAUAUGUCCCUGGGUACGGCGUCGACGGCAUCCUCGUAAGCAUGGCAGGUGGAACCAAUGAGUCCUUUACGCAAAUGAACGUAAUAGAUGUCUACGAUGUUGGCAGCUCAGCAUGGUAUAGACAAUCAACAUCCGGUGCUUACCCUAUUCUCCGCGUUAAUCCUUGCGCCGUUGCGUUUUCGGCUCCUGAUGGUUCCAGCACAAACAUCUACAUGUUCGGCGGACAAAAUCUCAUUCCUUAUGGAAACCAGACGCAGUACAGUGACAUGUGGAUCCUCACAAUCCCCAGUUUUACCUGGAUCCAAGUAGACACCAAAGGCCAAUCCGUACCGCCGGGCCGCACUGGGCAUACAUGCAAUGUAUGGAAUGGCCAAAUCAUCGUCGUCGGUGGCUACACUGGUCCUCCUUCCAAUGGGCUUGGCUGCGAUAGCGGUUUUUACGUCUUCAAUGCAACGAGUCUGCAGUGGCAGAACAACUACAAUCCCCUGACUGGAGGUGACACGCAAAAUCAGCAGGUUUCACAGCAGAAAGACAUUUCUGGUCUUUCAGGAAGCUACGGAUACGAAGUCCCGGUCCCUGUCCAGUCAGUCAUUGGCGGCAAGGGCAGUGGUGGCGCAACCGUUACCGCUCCAGCUGAAAGUGCAACAGCAGGACCGCUAGCGACCGGCAAGCCUAUCACAUACACAAUUACCGGUUCCAAUGGUGCCGAGGUCACAGAGACUGGCACGGCCUCCACCACUGGCUCGAGUGCCAGCAACAACGGUAAAGGCGGCCCUAACAUCGGCGCCAUCGUCGCUGGGAUAGUCGCGGGCUGUUUUGCAGUGUUAGCGGGCUACCUCGGCUUUUGCGCCUGGGUAUACCGCCGUCAACUCACCCUCUACAAGAACCACGUUGCAAUGUCCCAACGCGCCACCGCUGCCGGAGGCGGUGAGAAGUCUAGUUUCCUGGCUCCUACGCCAUCUGGAGGCUCAAGUGCUAGAAAUAAGUAUAGCACUGAUCAGAGCAGUCGAAAGAUGGGAAGUGGAGCAGGAAGCAGUGGAUAUACCGCUGUACCACCGUUGCCGAUGGCAGGGGAGGCGCCAAUAGGGGGAAAUAGUACGGCAAACUCUAGUGUCGAGGAAUUGUCGGGUGAGCCGAGUUUCUUUGGGGUGCUACUGAACCCGAGGAGGAGUUUGAGGGUUAUUAACCGCGACUGA